AUGUACAUCGGCAUCAUCGCGUCCAUGGCGCUGACGGGCGCCAUGUGCGAGAUGGCCGGCGGCUGGCCACUCGCCUUCUACUCCUUCGGCGCCAUCGGCCUGCUCUGGUGCGUCCCCUGGUUCCUGCUGGUCGCCGACUCGCCGGCCAAGCAUCCAAGCAUCGACCCUGCCGAGCGCUGCUACAUAGAGGCCUACGUCCUGCCCAUCAACAAGGAAAGCGACGAGCAUGCUCCGCAGCUGUUUCUCAUGUUCACGGAAGAGACUUUCUCCACCGUGCGUGUCGUUACGUUGCAGAAGCGACUGCCCGUGCCGUGGAAGAGCGUGCUGACGACCCCGGCGCUGUGGGCCCUCAUCGCCAUCAUGGUGACCUUCGACUGGACCUUCUAUAUCUACAUCUCCUCACUGCCCCUCUACCUCGCCAGCGUCCUCCACUUCGAUAUGCAAAGUAACGGCUUCCUGUCGGCCGCGCCCCACGUUAUAAGUGCGGGCGGCAGUCUGUUCUUCGGAUGGCUCACCGAUUUUGUGUUCCGGAAGGGCUACAUAUCCAAACUUCACGGAUUUCGCAUUAUAAACGGAAUGGGUACUCUGGUGCCGACAGCGACGCUGAUCGUGGUCUCGCAGGUGGGCUGCAACGCGCCUGUGAUCGUGGCUGUGCUGGCGAUCAACGGCUUCCUCAUGUCCACCAACUGCUCGGGGCCCUACAUGAACAUGCAUGUCAUCGCACCCAACUACUCCGGGACGGUUGUCGGCAUUGUCAACACAUUCGCCAACCUGACAGGGAUCGUCGUCCCGUAUAUUGUCGGCGCCUUCACCAGCGCCAAUCAAACGCGGGCAGGCUGGAACAACGUGUUCUACGUGACUGUGGCGCUGUCAGUGGUGGCAUACCUGGUGUAUGCCAUCUUCACAUCAGCGGAGGCUCAACCUUGGAACGAUCCACCCUCAGAGAAAACAGCUGAAGUGAAACGCCAGGAUGGUAUUGAUAAUGUAACAUUCAACAGCGAGGAUGUGCGCCAUGGAGGACUGCGAUCUUUUGACACAUAG